ACGUGCUGCAAUUUGACUACAAUCUUUAAUUUCAAGACACUCCCAGAACUGUUCCCUCAGGCAGAAGUGCGCACUAGCCUGCUGUUCGUCACAGGUCUGCUGAAGCAGCAUCUCAGUGGACCUACCAAGGACAUCCCUUGAAUCGAGCGCUUUGAAUGCAGCUUUUGUUUUAAAUGUAAUGUUUGAGGUGUGUUAUAUCCUUCCAUGGAUGAGACCUGAACAAAAAGUUGUCACACGCAGCAGACUCCUUUGCGUAAAGGACCGAGUCUGAAUCAUGUAUUGCGCAGAAUCUCUGCUCACUUAGGAUUAAUUUACAGGACAGAGACGCAUCUCUACCUCACAGGAUGCGAGUCGCGCGCUGAAUGUUAUUUCAUGGUUCUGGGCAGGGGGUUCCAAACUUGCGCAAAAGAGCCUGGUUCUGAACAAGUAGGCUAGUAGUACUUGUCACAAGUAAGUAGGCUAUUUGAUACAAUGGCAGCCUUACGGCGGAAAUUUGGCGAGGACUACCAGGUGGUAAACACCAACCGGGACACGAGUUUUUCCGCACCGGCGAAGAAGAAGAGGCAGCGGUUCGUGGAAAAGAACGGUCGCUGCAAUGUCCAGCACGGUAACCUUGGCGGAGAGACCAGCCGAUACAUCUCCGAUCUCUUCACCACGCUGGUGGAUCUCAAGUGGCGCUGGAACCUUCUCAUCUUCAUCCUCACUUACACAGUCGCGUGGCUGGUCAUGGCUUCAAUGUGGUGGGUGAUCGCCUACAUCCGCGGCGACCUGAGCCACGGUGGCCACGACUCGUCCUACACCCCGUGCGUCGCCAACGUGUACAACUUUCCCUCCGCGUUCCUGUUUUUCAUCGAGACUGAGGCGACCAUCGGCUACGGCUACCGCUACAUCACUGAGAAGUGCCCAGAGGGUAUCAUCCUCUUCCUCUUCCAGUCGCUGAUGGGGUCCAUCGUUGACGCCUUUCUCAUCGGCUGCAUGUUCAUCAAGAUGUCGCAGCCGAAGAAGCGCGCCGAGACGCUGAUGUUCAGCCAGGACGCGGUCAUUUCGCAGCGAGACGGGAAGUUGUGUCUCAUGUUCCGAGUGGGGAACCUGCGGAACAGCCAUAUGGUGUCCGCUCAGAUUAGGUGCAAACUCAUUAAGUCUCGGCAGACCCCAGAGGGUGAGUUCCUGCCCCUGGAUCAGUGUGAGCUGGACGUGGGUUUUGGGACAGGGGCGGACCAGCUCUUCUUGGUGUCGCCUCUAACCAUCUGCCACGAGAUAAACACCAAGAGCCCGUUCUUUGAUCUGUCACAGCGCUCACUAAUGAACGAGCAGUUUGAGAUUGUUGUCAUCCUAGAAGGCAUCGUGGAAACCACUGGUAUGACAUGCCAGGCGAGGACAUCUUACACCGAAGAUGAAGUCUUGUGGGGCCAUCGUUUCCUCCCAGUCAUGUCACUGGAGGAGGGUUUCUUCAGAGUCGACUACUCCCAGUUCCAUAACACCUUUGAGGUCAAUACGCCUCCAUACAGUGUCAAAGAGCAGGAGGAGAAGUCCCCAUUAAAGUCGCCAAAUUCUCUUUCUGUUGCACCCACCCCCUUAUCCCCUCAGCUGGGAUACGAUGGCCGAGGAGGCCGCAGGGAAAGGCUCUUGUCAGCUGACUAUGCAGACCAUACAGAGGACCAAUCCUGCAGGUUGCCAAGCAAACUUCAGCGCAUGAGCUCCACCAAGGAGGAGCACCUUUGGAGGGGACUGAAAACAGGGUCAGCCUUGCCUGGGGGGAAGGCCUCCAGCACAGGAGACCUUCCGCUUAGUAUUCAAAGGCUGAGGUCCAGCUCCAUCCCGGUUGUGAGGCAAGGACAGCUGGAUGAGCAGGUCCAGCUGCUGUCCUUGGAUGGAGAACCUGAGGAAGAUGAGCUGGAGAAACACAGACUACCAGCAUCCAUAAGCACCAUCACUGCUCCAACACCAACCCCAGUUCCGAUCCCCGUGGUAGGGUGUCGGCCAGAGGACAACCUGCCCGCCAAACUGCGCAGAAUGAAUGCUGACCGCUGACUUCUACAGAUUAUAUCUUUAAGAGUUUUUCAAAUUCAAAUUGAACUUGAUGGGCAUUGCAUAUACUGCAAAAAAGAUUAUUGUGAUAUAAGUAUUAUUUUUUUCUGCAGUUUUUAGCAAGUAUUUUACAUUUACUGAGGGGCUCUCUACUUAGUUGUCUAUUUCCACAAAUCAAAGGACAACGCCAAUAAGCCAUCCAUCCGCUCGUACUGUGAGUUAUUUUUGAUAGAUCACCAUCUGUGCCCCCCCCUGCUUCAAACACUUUUUUCUUUAAAGUUACAAAGUUACAUCAAACACUUUAUUAUCUCAAAAAACUACACUAUCUUUACAUAAUCAAGCACCAAAAUGUCAUAAAUAAGCCUGACCUGAAUUGAUCAUUCGCUAAACCCCUCCCCCGAACAGCGAUUGUGCAAUCAUAGCUUAGCAACUGUAACUAGGCACGGAAGGUCUGUCAAGCUUUGGAUUUCUCCACAUAACUCCAACAGUGUACGUUGGGCUUUAGUAAGACUAAAAACUGAGGUGGCCGACAGGGGCAAACACCCUGCAAUUUCAAGAUAGCAAAAACGCUGCAAAUACACACAACACAACCAAAUACACAAAAACGCGCUGCAAAUACACACAACACAACCAAAUACACAAACGCGCUGCAAAUACAGAAGUGAUGCAAAUACAGAAGCAAUGCAAAAAGAAAAGCAGAUGCAACUAAGAAACGCUACGUACAGAUUACACAACGGAAGUUCUCCAGGCCUCUAGAGGGAGCACUAAGUAGAACAGCUUAAAUUUCGACCCUAGGGGAGAGAGCACUCUGCCUUUUUAUUAGAGUCUGGUAUGGCUGCAGCCUGGAGACCUUCCGUCUCAUGCCUACCGUCCAUAGUCUGUAUAUUAUAUUUAUAUUAUUUAUAUAAUAUGUUAAUAAUAUAUAGUCCAUGCUCUUGUCUCAUGUCCUCCCGGCUGUUGUCGUCACUGAGCUUUGGCUUUUCAAAAUAAAAGCUUGCGUCUGGUCCGCUAUGUCUUUGUACUUUGGUGUUUUGGAUGUUUUUGAACCAAACAGUACGGCAAUCCUGCUAACGAAUACAUGUUUACAUGUUCGGGUGGGAUUUAUUCAGUUUGAAAAAUCCCACGGUCUCUAUAAAGCUAUCAUAACAACUGGUUUACAGGGAAGGACUAGAAAUCCUGUCCGUUGUUGUAUAAUCUAAAUAUUACACUUGAAGGAGGCCUAUACUUCAGUGAUGCGCCUUGAUGAACUUAUUCCCUCUCAUGUAAAAUGGCUUAACAAACGUCAAUGUUAAACGCUGAUGCAAUUUUAAAUGUCUCAUCACCACGAGUUUACAGACACAUCUCUGCUGAUUGAGCAUCACCUGUGUCCUGAGCCAAGACACACCCAUCAAAUGAGAGAAAACAUAUCUCAAAUAUAGACAUAAUAUUUGCAGUAGCAGACUGUUUCACACCAUUCUGAGAUUGAACCAUAGACUGUAUAUUAUUAUUAUUAUUAACAAUGCACAGUCUAUGGAGAGUCCUGUCUCUCUCUCUCUCUCCCCCCAUAGGGUCAAAGAUCAAGCUGUUCCACUUAGUGCUCCCUUUAGAGGCCUUGAGAACUUCCGUUGUGUAAUCUGUAUGCAGCGUUUUUUUGUUGCAUCUGCUUUUCUUUUUGCACCGGUUCUGUAUUUGCAGAGCGUUUGUGUAUUUGGUUAUUGUUGUGUGUAAAUGCUGCGCAUAUGUUUUGUCAAAUUAAUUAACUUGUUUUCUUAAUUUGCUUGUGUUUUGUAUAUUUGCAUGUGUUUUCUUUAAUUGC